AUGGCCAGCUUCAAUCCCAUGCCGGCGCUGUCGUCGGGCGCCACCACCGGCCAAGAUGCCACUAUGGCCAUGACGGCCCCGGACAUGGACUCAUCCAACUUCAUGGCCUUUGACGACUCACUGCUCGACCCCGUCGGCAUUGCGCAGAUGCCCUUCACCCCAAACCCUUACGACUUCGAAACCUUCAGCACCACCUUCGAAGACCCCUUUUCCUACCCGGCCCGGCCCUUCGAGGGCGCAGGCAUCAGCGUGCCUGAUGCUGAUGCGUAUAACAUCGACCCUCAAUCCCCGCCAGAUCUUGACAACAAGCUCCUAGGCUUCGGCGCGCCGAUCCCAGGCAAGGCCACCCUGCUCACCGACUCCGGCCAGUACGUCGAGCCGUCCAUGACGGGCGAGCUGUACGGCAUGUUCUUUGUCGCCGAGGACGUCUUCGGUGCCGACAGCAGCACGGCGGGCCGCCCGCUCGAGCUGACGUGCUAUCGCCGAAACCUCUGGCAGAUUUCGGGCCAGAUCACGCUGCCGCGCCACGUGACGCAGUACGUCGACGACCAGGGCCGGCGUGCCGCCGUUGUCGAGCUGGCCGCGUCGAUUACUGCUGUGGAGAGCAUCGAGGGCCGCGUCGCCGAGAUGAUUACCAUCCCCUGGCGCGGGGGCAAUCCCCCCCUCGGCGCCGAGGAGACAAAGGUUGUGAGUGCGCCGCCCGUGUUGCCGCUUGAUUUUGGCGGCGGCGGGCAGGAGGUGGAUGGCGGGAACAGGGUGUCGGUGCCCGUCGCGUGGAAGAGGCUGCAGUUCAAGCAUGCCACGGCGAAUAAUGGACGGAGGAAGGGAUUGCAGCAGCAUUAUGUGGUACAGAUUAACCUGCUGGUGAAGAGCAAGGGCGGGGAGUAUAUCAAGGUCGCUGAGAUCCAGUCCGGGCCUGUGAUUGUCCGGGGACGCAGCCCGAGGAACUUUGAUAAUCGCAAAGAAGUGCCGCUGGGAGACAAGAGGCCGCUGGAGAGGAGGCAUACCGAUGGCUCGGGCGGGAAACAGCAGCAGAGGCAGGAUGAGGGCGAUCCGGCGCAGAAACUACAACGGUACAACUCGAUGGGUAACCAAUCACCGGCGGACUGGGCGACCCCCUAUCCGUCCACGACACCGAACCAGCAGCACGCCAGCAAAAAGCAGGCCAUCACGUCUCCGAGCCUCAACCGACCGCCAGUGCCCUCCUGGGGCUCACUCGACUCGGCCGGAAACCCGAAACGCACCAACAGCCAAAUGUCGAACCCAAUAUCAACAGCCAACAACACAUCGCACCGCAACAGCAGCAGCAGCAGUGCAACAGGACCCCAGCCGAUCCCACUAAACCUCAACUCCUCCGAGGACGAGCGCAGCCCCCCGAACCGCUCCAGCUCAAACGACAGCUCCCAGAGCCCGCAGCUCGCAAAAUCAUCCAUGCUCCUCUCCACAGGCGGCACAGGCCUAACCGGCCAGGGCGGGCAGGUGGGCGCGGUGCGCAACCCGCUCGCGAGCCCGCCAGAGACGGAGGAUAUGUUGUACGAGUAUUUCCCGCUCAGUCUCGACGAUUGGAUGCCGCCCGUCGACGCAAUCUACCGACCCCAUGUCGUCCAUCACACGAUUGUCCCGCCCGAGGUUAAAGCGCAGCAGAUACGGAGUAAGGCCAAGCGGUACUUUGCUGCUGAGUGAAGGAUUGGGUGGGAGUACAACUUGAAAAUGAUGGGGCGGGAUUGAGAUGGGGUAUUCCCGCGGAUUUUGCGUGGUGUCUUGUGGAAGAGGUGCUGUGUCUCAACCGAGGGAGUACAGGGUUGCUAUGGUGGAGGUCAAUUGCACGGAGCGAAUGCCUAGCGUCCGGGGGUCGGCAAAGCAAGAAGGCGGUGCAGCGGUUUGGGAGGACGGUGAGCAUACUGCGGUUUCUUCCGGGUUGUGCUUGGAGUCAGGGAGCUGUAACCUGUAUAUAUGAAUAAGUGGGCGGGGUUGAGGACAAAAUCGUUGUGAGCCGGAGGAGGAAUAGGGGUAUGGGUGGAU